AUGGAUCGUUAUUUCAAGAAACUUUCUUCCGUUGAUUCUUCAUCAGUUGAACCUUCACUUCUUCAACCUCAAGAAUCAUCCAAUGAAAAUAAAAAUAAGGUUGAUUUAGAGAAUCUCCCAAGUGAUCCAGGAGAACGACCUGAUAUAAUGAGUUAUCCACCAAAUUUAAUAGAACAAGUUCGCAGAGCUUACUUACUUAAAGGUCCGUGUCAACCACGUAAUCAUGAUUUUCGUCCUACAGUAGAUGGAAAUCGAAAACGUAAAUUUGUCUCACAUUGGUUUGAUGAAUUUAAGGAUUGGUUGGAAUAUAGUGUUACGAAGGAAGCAGCUUUUUGUUUAUAUUGCUAUCUUUUUUCAAGACUCCACGGAAAUGGACAAGACGCUUUUGUAUCAGGGGGAUUUACGGUCUGGCGCAAGAAAGAAAGAUUAAGAGAUCAUGUUGGAAACCAUAAAAGUGCUCAUAACAGGUGUAGAUUAGCAUGUGAGGAUUUGAUGAAUCAAGCCCAACACAUUGAGGUCUCUUUUGCAAAACAGUCAACACAGUCUAAGCUUGAUUACCGCCUGCGAUUAAAUGCAACGAUUAUUUCUCUUCGUUAUCUUAUAAUGCAAGGAUUGCCUUUCCGCGGUCAUGAUGAGUCAGAAGAAUCAUUAAAUCAAGGUAAUUUUCUUGAGUUCUUGAAAGUUAUUUCUUCUUGCAAUGAAGAGAUAGCUAGUGUUGUGCUAAAAAAUGCUCCGGAAAAUCUCAAUCUUACAUCACCAGAUAUUCAGAGAGAUAUUAUAAAUGCAUUUGAUGUUGAGACAACAAAAGCUAUUGUACAUGAUAUGGGAAAUGAAUUUUUCUCUAUAUUAGUCGAUGAGUGUCGAGAUGUAUCUGUCAAAGAGCAAAUGGGUGUUGUAGUACGAUAUGUGGACAAGUAUGGAUGUGUUAUAGAACGUUUUCUUGGUGUUGUUCAUGUUAGUGAUACAGCUGCAACCUCACUUGAGAAAGCACUUGAUUAUUUGUUAUCUACUUAUGAUUUAAGUAUAUCUAGUUUGAGAGGUCAAGGAUAUGAUGGCGCAAGCAAUAUGAGAGGAGAAUUCAAUGGAUUGAAGAGUUUGAUACUCAAGAGAAAUUCUAGUGCUUAUUAUGUACAUUGCUUCGCUCAUCAGCUUCAGCUCACAAUUGUUGCUGUUGCUAAAAAACAUAAAAUUGUCGGGUCUUUUUAUAAUUCUAUCUCUCGUUUGUGUAAUACUGUUGGAGGUUCUUGUAAGCGCAGAGAUAUACUUCGGGAGAAACAGAGAGAGAAUAUUAUUAAAGAGAUUGCAAGUGAUGAAAUAAGCACGGGAAGAGGACUAAAUCAAGAAAUGUCAUUGAAGCGACCUGGAGAUACUCGUUGGAGUUCACAUUACGGUACUCUUGUCAGCUUGAUACAUUUAUAUUCUUCUAUUGUUGAUGUUCUUGAGUAUGUUGGGGAGGAUGGUCAUGACGAUUCAAUAAGGGCUGAAGCUGAUGAUGUGUUAGAAAUUAUAAAUAGUUUUGAGUUUGUCUUUGUGUUACAUCUGAUGAAGCAAAUCUUGGGAAUUACACAUGAACUCUCUCAAGUGCUACAAAAGAAAGAUCAAGACAUUGUUAAUGCGAUGAAUCUUGUCAAGGUAGCAAAAUCACGUCUGCAAAUAAUGAGGGAAAAAGAUUGGGAUAUAUUGCUUGCUGAUGUUUCUAGGUUUUGUAGCAAAUAUGAUCUGGAUGUGCUUGACAUGGAAGAUGAGUUUGUAGCUCGAAAAAAAGGAAGACGUAGAGCUGAGAAAAUGAAGAAUCUCCACUAUUAUCGAGUUGAGCUCUUUUGUUCUGUUAUUGACUUGCAAGCUCAGGAGUUGAAUCAACGUUUUAAUGAAGUCAACACAGACUUAGUUUUAUGCAUGUCAUGUUUUGAUCCUAGGGAUUCAUUUUCUGCAUUUGAUUUGGAGAAGCUGCUUCGUCUUGCACGGUAUUAUCCUUCUGAAUUUUCUGAAGUUGCUUUGUCUGAGCUUGAAAAUCAACUUGAGAACUUUAUUUUCGAUGUGCGCAUAGAUGAAAAGUUUUCACAAAUAUCAGGAAUCAGUGGUCUUGCUCAAAAGAUGGUUUCUACAAGGAAACAUGAAGUUUUUCCAAUGGUUUAUUUAUUAGUUAAGUUGUCAUUGAUUUUACCAGUUGCCACUGCAUCAGUAGAAAGAGCCUUUUCAGCAAUGAAGAUCAUCAAGACUUCUCUACGUAAUAGCAUGUGA